AUGCACAACGAGCGCGUUCGCCAUGUCAAGCGUCUGGGUCACGUUCAAGGCUGGUCAGGACCAACCAAUCUCGUACUUGCUAACUCCGGUGGCAAAAACGCACAAACAACGUCGACCUCAGAGACUUCGACUACAACCUCCAGCCCAGCUUCCACAACUUCUGCAAAACAGGCCACGAGCACCUCCUCUCAGGCCACGUCCACGUCAAGCUCGAGCUCAUCUGUUUCCAAUCUGACGACAUCCACCAUACCUCUUUCCGCUGCUGGGAUAAUCUUGACGACCGCUACAUCGCAUUCUACGGGCUCGCAGGUCGCGACCACACCACUCAUCUCUUCUCCACCGCCGCCGCCACCCCCCACGUCAGGUCCUUCCCAACAGUCAGUCAACCCACCCACUGGGGGCUUAUCUGCUGGUGCGACCAUUGGCAUUGUUGUGGCGGGUAUCGUUGUGGGUGUCGCACUCCUUGCAUUUUGCGUGCGGAAAACCUACCUUCGUCGCCGAGAGCGUAGGAGGGCUUCAUUGUCUGGCCUUUAUGGUUAUGGAAACAGAGACGAUCCAUCCAAACUUCACCAUGGUGUCCCCGAACUCGGGGAAAAACCCUUCGGCAGUGGCACCCUGGGGCCGGGUAGUUCGCCAUCGAUUCAUCCGUUCCCUCUACCACCACCAGCUUCUUAUAAUAAUCCCAUACUUGUUACGACUGCUGACACUACCCGCAAGGCUACGGCUCUAGCAGCCGCUCGGGCAGCUGCGGUGUCAGGAGGUAGUCCGAACGCGCCGGUGCACUCUACUGGCACCCAGCCGGGACUCCUAGUUGCAAUGAUUAAGUGUACCUUCGUCCCUACUCUUCCGGAUGAACUUGCUAUUACAACCGGCGAACUGGUCCGCGUGGUUACUCGAUUCGAUGAUGGCUGGGCCUCGUGUGAAAAUGGAAGAGGGGAACGGGGCAUGAUCCCACAAGACUGCUUGUCAGAGACCACUGUCGACUCAGCCUCAGGUGACACUGAUUGGAGAAAUGCCAGGCGAAUGAGUAGCUUGAACCCCCAUGAAAGGAGGUUCUGA